ACAGAGAACAGAGCAAAAGGCAAGGGUUGCCCAAUUGUUCCUCCAUCGUUAUCCACAUAUACGCACACAAUUACUUUCUCCCCUCGAACCCUCCUCUGGCAAACUCAGCACGGUUUUAUGAAAUGCAAUCACAAAAUGUACUAUUAAAUCACCUACUUCUUGGUCGAGGCUGUUCAUUAACUAUUGCAAAUAGUGGGCAAAAAGGACUUGUUUGAGUCUCUGCAUAUGCAUCUGUACUUGUGAUAAUUCGAGUGAAAGUCUCAAGUGCAAAAUGAGUAUCAUUUGUAAAGUAAUGUUGUUCCAAAUUAGCCAAAACAGUUUAGCCAUGUGGAACGAUUAUUAGAAGAUUAUGACGGCAAUAAAUAAAGUCAGGCAAGAGGUAACAGGGAUGGUGGAGAGGUUGUACGGUUGAGGGGAAAUAGUAUCGUUGGAAAUGAUACACGGUGACAUAGUGUGGGUCGAUAACUCAGAAAUUGCGAAAAGCUUUUUCUAUCUCUCCAAUUACAUCAACAUUCAUCCACGCAGUUCUGAUUUAUUUCAGUUUCCUUUUCCAUUCAGUUUAUCCGAGAAUAUGUCAGCCGACAGACAUACACAUUUCUGUUAGUGGAUAAAUUGUACAUACUUUUAAUUUGCUCAGCGUUCUCACUUUUUUGGUGGGCAACUCUUUCUGCACAUAUUCAUGACAAUAGUCUGGGCACUACAUAACAUAUAUUUUCACGGUGACAUAAUGUAUCCGGACUGAAUCUAGUGAAAAAUUUGGCUUCAAUUUGGUGCCCCACUUCGAAAUGGCAUCACAAGAAGUUUCAAAUUUUAAGUCAAAUUCUGACCAAAAUAAUCAAAGCGCAAAUAGUAGCACUGGCAAUAAUGACGAGGCGGUUAAACCCAAAGAUUUGCUACUCCAGGUGCCUGGAGCUACUGACGCCAUGUCGUCCGUGUCACCUCGGAGUCGACCCCGGCUUUCCUUCGACGAGACUUCCAUCGCCAACACGAAGCAAGCCGCAGCAGCCGAAGGUCCACCAGCUCCUCCUCCUCCGGGGGGCCCAACGACACUUUCGACAGAAGCUCCCGGUGCCACGACGAACAUGGGAAGACUUGCUCCUGAGUCAAUUUUAAGAAGAUCAUCAUCUCCCAACAAUAGCAACAGUGCGCCAAGGCCAAGUCUCCAUUCAAACACGAGUGACGAUUUAUGCUCUGAAAUUGCCCGACUGGAUAUGGAUCCUCCAGACGAUUCCAAAAUUCCUCGAAUUCGCAGAGUGGUUAAGAUUGUGCAGAAUUUUCGCCAAUGGGCAAAUAAUCGGACAGCCCCGAAAGAACCGGAGCGUCCGGACUCCUUCUUAGAAAAAUUUGGGAUAGGAGUGGCCGGCGCGGGAAGCGAAGCCGGAAGUCAGAGAUCUGCAAGUCGAGCGGAGAAAGUCACUUGGUGGCAGAAACGCAAAAAGACAAUUUUGUCAAAAUGCGUGAUUGACUCUUCCAAACCUGCACAUUAUCGAUGGACAGGGGUAUUAUCAAUAGCCGUUUUAUAUAAUCUAGUCUUUGUCAUUGGACGUGCAACAUUUUGGGAGUUGCAGAACAUUCUUCCAACAGCAUGGUGGUUUAUGGACGCCAUUGCUGAUAUAGUUUACUUGGUGGACUCUGUAAUUCAUGCUCAUGAAGGAUAUUUGGAGGAGGGAAUGAUGGUUAAAGAGCUGUCGAAACUUCGGAGCAACUAUUUUCAGUCACCAUAUUUCAAAUUAGAUGUUAUUAGCUUGUUACCCACGGAUUUUGGUUAUUUUUUCUACCCUACUCAUUGCCCAGCAAUUGUCCCAUGCCCUGUUAUUUUCCGUCUCAACCGACUCUUCAGAAUUCACAGGCUCAACGAAUUUUUUGAGAAGACAGAAAGUCGUACCACGUUUCCAAAUGCUUUUCGAAUUGCCAAAGUCGUGUUGUACAUUUUAGUCAUCAUUCACUGGAACGGUUGCUUUUACUUUGCAAUGAGCUACUACAUCGGGUUUGGAAGUGAUGGCUGGGUUUACAGAAACAUCACGGUGGGGAAAUACGCUGAUCUAUCACACCAAUAUAUUUAUAGUUUUUACUGGUCAACCUUAACGCUCACGACAAUCGGAGAAGUUCCACCUCCAGAAAUGGACAUUGAAUUUAUUUUCGUCGUCUCUGAUUUCCUCGUUGGAGUCUUGAUUUUCGCCACCAUCGUCGGUAAUAUUGGAAGCAUGAUUACGCACAUGAACGCGGCAAGAGCCGAGUUUCAGGACAAAAUGGACUCCAUAAAACAAUACAUGGUGUUCCGCAAAGUGACAAAAGAUUUAGAGAAACGAGUCAUCAAGUGGUUUGAUUACUUGUGGACAAAUAAACAAGCACUGGAUGAAGAUCGAGUACUCGGGGCUCUUCCAGAUAAGCUAAAAACGGAAAUUGCCAUUCAUGUUCACUUGGGAACCUUGAAGCAAGUCAAAAUAUUUCAGGAUUGCGAACCUGGAUUAUUGACAGAACUUGUGCUGAAACUAAAACUUCAGGUUUUCAGCCCGGGAGAUUACAUUUGUCGAAAAGGAGACGUUGGGCGAGAAAUGUACAUUGUUAAGCGAGGAAAAGUUAGUGUUGUAGCAGAUGACGGAAAAACUGUAUUUGUAACUCUGGGAAGUGGAUCAGUCUUUGGCGAGGUUAGUUUGCUGAACAUUGCCGGAAAUAAGACAGGAAAUAGGAGAACUGCAAAUGUGAGAAGUGUUGGAUACUCGGAUCUCUUUUGUUUGUCAAAGGAUGACUUGUGGGACGCACUUCGAGAAUAUCCUGAAGCAAGAGAAGUGCUCUUAGAACGGGGAAAGCAGAUGCUACAAAAGGACGGAUUAAUCGAUGAAGAAGCAUUAGAAAAAGAAAGACAAGCUCAGCUAAACACUAGUGACAAAAUCUCAAAAUUGGACUCUCUGGUCGAAACUUUAACCACACGGCUAGCUCGACUUACUGCGGAAUAUGCAAGCACACAGCAGAAAUUUAAGCAAAGACUGACAAAGUUGGAGAAGAACAUGGACGGACAAAAGGGUCGGGGUCAGUUUUUCAUAAGAACAAUGGACGCUGACGAUGAGGCUUCAGAUGGUGAAGCGAGAAAACUGAGACGUUCUCCUUCUGCCCCUGAGCCCUCAGUUCCUCCAGAGAAUGACGAUCGAAGUUAAGUCCAGCAAAAUUUAUUCACAGCGAACCUGAUUUUUAGUCGUCAAUACUUCUGACACUUUUUAAAUUAUUUAAAAGUGUCAAACUAUUCUAAGCUUCACACUUGAUGCCUUUGAUGUUUAAAUAGUUCACGUUCAAUUUAAUUGUAAGUAUCGUAUCGAUUCAAAUUCUGAUUUCUGACACCACCAAGCUCCAUUUAUUUACCAAGAAUGACAAGUAAUGAGAAUUUUUGAGAUAUUUUUAUUUAUAGACGAAUCGUGAUUAAACCAAACCAUUUCUACGUUUAGUUUUGUUGCAAAACAAAAGUCGAAAAAUGGGUUUAUGUUUUGCAUGCAAAAAUGACUUUCUCAAUUUCCCCGUAACGGAACUUACAAUUCAUGGUAAAUACUAAGGAUGAGCUUGGUGACGUUCGAAGCUAGAUGCAAAGUACCACUGUUCUUAAAAAUGCCACAGAUUAUUAUGUGCUCUUAAUCAAUCCUUCCAUUCAUUGUGUUACACAGUGCAAUUUAUUCGCCUUAAAGUCUUACAUGAAUGAAAAAGAAUAAAAUCAAUUCAACGAUUAAAAACCGUCAUUAAAAAUGUCGAACUCAAUUACGGAGUGUUGGGAUAAAUAG